AUGCAAUAAUAAGUACAAACAAAAGAUAGAGAAAAAAUUGAAUUAUUCUUUUCUGCUCGAGGUCUUGUUAAUAAAGAUGUUUUAUCAGAUAGUGACCCUUAAUUAUAUCUAUAUUUAAAGGAAGGAAAAUAAGGAGUUGAAAAAUUAAUAGUGAAAACAGAAGUUAAAAAAAACAACCUUAAUCCAGAUUGGAAAGUAAUUACGUAUUUUUAUCUAUAGGUAUCUGUUGUUUUAGAUUUUAUAUUUGAAGUGAAUCAAUACCUAAGAUUCUUAGUUGUCGAUAGUGACGGAGAUGAUAUUAAAGAUGAUGACAUAAUUGGUACCUUAAAUGUAUAAUUUACUUUUUAAAUUUAGACAACGGUUGGUGAAAUCAUGGGAUCAAGAAACUAAAUAUAUAUGGGUUAACUUUCAUAUAAGAAUAAAUAAACAGGAAAGCUUUUAGUAAAAGCAGAUAAAAGACAAGAGAUUGGAGGAUUAAAUUAAUUAAUUUAUUGGUAAUGGUAUGGUAAAAAGGUAAAAAAUAUGGAUGGAUGGUUUGGAGUAUCAGAUCCUUUUCUUAGAUUUUUUAAAUGGCAUAAAAAUUCAGAUUGGUUGAUGGUUCACGAAACUGAAUUUAUAAAAGAUAAUGAAAAUCCAAUUUGGAAAGGAUUUGAAAUAUCUCAUGAUAAAUUACAUGAUGAAAAUCCAUAAUAACCUAUUAAAAUAGAGCUUUGGGAUAAUGAAAAGGAUGGAAAACAUUAAUUGAUUGGAUCUGUUGAAGUUACUAUUGAGUAAAUAUUUUUUAAAGAGAUACAUGAAUUUCAAGUAAAAACACCUAAAGGAGUAAUAAUUUAAAUCAAUUUAGGAAUUUGGUGGAACUAUUGGAAUUAAAAGCUUUUAAAAACCAUCAUUUAUUGAUUAUUUGAAAGGUGGUGAAUAGAUUAAUCUUUAAAUAGCCAUAGACUUUACAGGAUCAAAUGGUGAUCCUCAUAGUUCAUCUUCAUUACAUUAUAAUGUUCCAAAUCAAUUAAAUCAAUAUUAAAAUGCAUUGAGUUAAGUAGCAGAGAUAUUAUUGAAUUAUGAUUAUGAUAAGAAAGUUCCUGUUUAUGGUUUUGGUGGUAUACCUUCAUUACCUAAUUAUAAAAAGAGUUCAACAGAUGAUUGGUAAUUUUAUAAUAAUAUUUUAUAUAUAGUUUCCCACUUAAUGGUAAUAAAAAGGAUCCAGAAGUUUUAGGAUUAGAAGGAAUUAUGAAUAUUUAUAAAUUAGCUCUUAAUCAUGUAUAAUUGAGUGGUCCAACAGUUUUUGGUCCUGUUAUAGAGAAUGCAAUAGAAAUAGCUGAAAAUAAUAGAAAAAAAGAUAUAUAUAAUGUCUUAUUAAUAAUGACAGAUGGAUAAAUUGAUGAUAUGGAUGAAUGCAUAAAGUUGGUUAAAAAAGCAGCUAAACUUCCAUUAUCUAUAAUUAUUGUAGGAGUUGGUAGUGCUAAUUUUAAAAUGAUGGAGGAAUUAGAUGGUGAUGGUCCAUAAUAUUCAGAUAGCUUAAGAGAUGUUGUUUAAUUUGUGCCAUUUUUGAAAUUUGCUGGAUAACCUGGAUAAUUGGCAAAAGAAUUAUUGUCAGAAUUACCUGAUUAAUUAAUAUAGUAUAAACAAUUGAUUGGAAAGGGUCCAAAUCCUGCUAAAUAAAUAGAUUUAAGUUAAUUAGCAUGAU